UUCUCGUAUCACUGCCUUUGACAAAUCCAACCUGAAGGUGAGCGAGCAAGGGGAGAGAGAGAAGGACGAAGAAUCUAGAGAGAGAGAGAGAGAGAGAGAGAUGAGCGUGACCUCCACAGCAGGGUACUUCGCUCGGAGAGCAGCGCAGAGGGAGAGGGUUCGGAUCCUGUACAGGCGAGCUCUCAAGGACAAGCUCAACUGGGCCGUCCAUCGCCACAUCUUCUACCAAGAUGCUUCAGAACUCCGCGAGCGUUUCGACGCCAACAAACACGUGGAAGACCCUGACACAAUUGAUAGACUGAUAGCUGAUGGUGAAGCUAGCUACAAUAAGUGGCGGCACCCUGAUCCUUAUAUUGUUCCUUGGGCGCCUGGUGGUUCCAAGUUCACGCGAAACCCAAUUCCACCAUCUGGGAUUGAGAUAGUAUACAACUAUGGUCGAGAAGAUAAUGACUAAACCUGCUUCCUUUCAAUGGCAAUAAAUAAAGACAAACCCAUCUAGUACUGCCAAUGGUGAUCAAAUGGAAGGACUUGGUCUCUCUCCUUUGUAUAAGAUCUCGUUUUGAUGUUUUCUUUGUUAUUUUGUUAGUGUUGCAGAUCGAGAUGAUCAAUGACUGAUGAUGAUGAUCAAGGCUCUGGUGUCUUUGAUGUGUUUCUUAUGUGACGCUCAGAUGGUGGCUUUGAACUUUGAAUGUUUUGAGAUAUGCCUAGUUGCUCAUUAAUGUGUACUUGGCUUUCCCUUGAAAUGGAUCUGUUUAACAAGCUACAUAAAUUGCAAGUUCAGCAUAACUUGUUUAAUGAACAACUUUAUUCAUUC